AUGGAUCUCGUCCUCGAGGGUCUCGACACGUACCUGUUCGACUACCUGUACGCCUUCGCCCUGCCCUCGCCUGUCGCGACAAAUGCUGUCAAGGCCGCUUCGGUCAAUGGCACCUACGCCGGCGGCAUCCCCGAGAUGCCCUCACCGCAGAACAGCUGGUCCUACGAGCCCGCCAGCACCUACCUGCAGUUCCAGCCGUCCGAGUAUGCGUGGAUGAGCCGCUGGGCGCGCGACAACAUGUUCCGCCAGUUCACGUCGCUGUUCCUCAUCACAUGGCUCUUCGGCCUCCUCAUCUACUUUGCCUGCGCGACGUUUUCGUACGUCUUCAUCUUCGACAAGGCGACGUUUGCGCACCCCAAGUACCUGAAGAACCAGAUCAAGCUGGAGAUUGCGCAGACGAUGCAGGCGCUGCCCGUCAUGGCCGUCUUCACGGCGCCGUUGUUCCUGCUCGAGGUGCGCGGCUGGAGCAAGAUGUACGACACGACAGAAGAAGGGCCGGGCAUGUGGUACAACAUACUGCAAUUCCCCUUCUUUGUCGGCUUCACCGACUUCUGCAUCUACUGGAUCCACCGCUGGCUGCACAACCCGCUCAUCUACAAGCACCUGCACAAGCCGCACCACAAGUGGAUCAUGCCGUCGCCGUACGCGUCGCACGCGUUCCACCCGCUCGACGGCUACGCCCAGUCGCUGCCCUACCACAUAUUCCCGUUCCUGUUCCCGCUGCAAAAGUUUGCGUACAUAUUCCUGUUCACGUUCAUCAACGUGUGGACGGUCAUGAUCCACGACGGCGAGUACGUGGCCAACUCGCCCAUCAUCAACGGCGCCGCCUGCCACACGAUGCACCACCUGUACUUCAACUACAACUACGGCCAGUUCACGACGCUGUGGGACCGCAUGGGCGGCUCGUACCGCAAGCCCAACGACGAGCUCUUCAAGAAGGAGCUCAAGAUGGCCCAGGAGCAGUGGGAGAAGCAGAGCAAGGAGAUGGAGCAGAUUGUCAAGGAGGUCGAGGGCGAGGACGACCGCAGCUACGGGCCCGCAGAGGGCUCCUCGGCCAAGAAGGUGCAAUAA